AUGUCCAACUUGUCGCACUUUGUCAACGUCAACGUGGCGGCCCUGGCCACCGACGCGAGCUACUUUGCCAAACUCCCCGCAACCAACAUCGUCGAGCCAGCCAUCUCGCUGCUCGCCUAUCACGAUGACUUCUACCGUGUGAUGGGGCGAGAUGCCAAGGCACGAAAGGUCUGGGACCUCCCCUGGGCCGCCUUUCACGAGGCGGGCUUGUACAACAAGCGGGACAACUCGCUCUACAUCACGUCAAAUUUCCAGAGCCUCGAGGAUAACAUCAACAUCACUGUUGUGUCGCUCGACUCCGACGAUUAUCCCGUCCGCAGCACGCAGUUCCCGCUCCUGGCCGAGGCAAACGGAGGAACAAACUACUAUCCACCGGGAGCCAAGCGGAACCAAACGCCACCAAUGCAGCUUUACUGCGACGAGGGAGACUUUGAGCGCCCCUCGCAGCUGCUCGCCGUGGACCCAAACACGAACAAGUCUACGCCCGUGUUGACAAACUUCCUGGGCCGCAACUUCUCUUCCAUCAACGACGUCCGCCAGCACCCCGUCACCGGCGACUUAUGGUUCACCGACGCCGAUUACGGCUACUUCCAGCAUUUCCGCCCGGAGCCCUCCCAGCCGAAACAGGUCUACCGCUUCGAGCCAGACACGGGCGUCAUCCAGGUCGUCGCCGACGGCUUCGUGCAACCCAACGGGCUCGAGUUCUCGCCCGACCUCAAGACGCUGUAUGUCUCGGACACGGGCAGCCAGCAGUUCAAGACAGUCGCCACGGGACCUUCUUCCAUCUACGCGUUUGACGUCGUCGGCGACGGGAAGCGCCUCGCCAACCGCAGGACCUUUGCCUGGGCUGACAAGGGCUUCCCCGAUGGCGUGCACUGCGACACGGAGGGCAAUGUCUGGGCGUCGUGCGGAGACGGGGUUCAUAUCUGGGAUAAGCAGGGCAAGCUCUUGGGCAAGAUUUUUGUCGGCGAGAUGAGCAACAACCUCGCCUUUGCCCCCGGAAAGGUCUUUGUCUUUUCCAAUGCUCGUCUCUGGGUGGUGGAGGGUAUUAAAGCCCAAGGAAGAGAGGUCUGCCAGGACUUUGGUGUGGGAUGUAAUUAG